AUGUUUAAUGAAAUGAAACAGCAGGAUAAAGCAUAUGUGCUACGAGAGACUAUUAGGUGUUUCAGUGAAUUGAAAAAGAUUGGUAAUGACAUACCAGCCACACCAGCUUUAGAAGACAACUUGAGAUUGAGUCACUGCAACAAUAAAGACUUGGCUAGAGUGGUGUUUAGCUGUAGUGAUAGAGAAGGACUAAUGUCAGAAAUUGCAGAAUCAAUAAAAGUAGUAAAAGCAAAUGCGUUGAGAGCUGAAAUCGUGAUAGUAGGUGGAAGAACCAAGUGUGCCUUGUUAGCUCAAGGUGUAAAUAGCAAUGAAGGAUUGGUUAGGCUCAAGAAGUCACUGAAAAGUGAAACCUCUAGUGAACGGUAA